AUGGGCGUCGUCUGCUCUGCUAUCGCAUCUGUCUUUGCCGCAAUCGGCCGCGGUAUCAUGGCCGUAAUCAGCGCCAUCGGCUCAGUCCUCAACGCCAUCGUCGGGGCAAUCACCUCGGUGUUCGUCACCAUCUUCUCCUGCUUGGGAGACAUCUUCUGCUGCCGCUGCGGCGGAGGAAGGAGGAGAGGGACCGUCUAG